AUGAACGCCUUUGUCACUGUACUGGCGGUGGUGAUCGUGGCCGUUGCGGCGGAGACUAGGGACAAGCGCGGGCUGGUCCUCGCCUCGCCCUAUCUGAGCGCGUACAACGCUGCACCGCUGCUCUCCUCGCACACUCUGCUGGGCGCACACUCCCUCUACUCCUCUCCUUACCUUGCCGGCUCACCUUACCUUAGCGCCAGCUCACUGUAUUCUCCUCUGUAUGGCUCCUACUAUUCCCCAAGCCUUUACGGUGCUCCUUACCUUACUUCGAAUGCUCUCUAUGGCGCACACGGUCCGCUACUCACCUCGCUGUCUUCUCCUCUGAUCUCUGCUCACUCCUCUCCUGUCAUCAUCGCGCAAACUUCACCCGAAGUGACGGUUGUGAAGACAUCUUCCGAAGAGCACUCCAGCGCAGGUCAUAGGAAGCACGAGACUGAACAUAAAAGCGUUCACCAUAACUACUGA